UUACCUCACCCCCCUUGACGGAUCCGUCCCAAGGGCUUCACUUCCGCCCAAACUAUACAUCAUUUCCUGCCGUGCGCGGGUGCUUAGGCGACCCCGUGGCCGGCCCUCGCUCUUUUUCGUCAGCGUCCGGCGGUCGAGAUGGCGGACAACCAGACCGAGCGCGCCUACCAGAAGCAGCCGACCGUCUUCCAGAACAAGAAGCGUGUGUUAGCGGCCGAGGGCGCCAAGGAGAAGCUGCCGCGCUACCACCGCAAUGUGGGCCUGGGCUUCAAGACCCCGAGGGAGGCCAUUGAUGGAACCUACAUUGACAAAAAAUGUCCAUUUACUGGGAAUGUGUCAAUUCGAGGACGCAUCCUGACAGGUGUUGUAACUAAGAUGAAGAUGCAGCGGACCAUUGUUAUUCGCAGAGACUACCUUCACUACAUCAGGAAAUACAACCGCUUUGAGAAGCGACACAAGAACAUGUCUGUGCACCUAUCCCCUUGCUUCAGGGAUGUGCAGAAUGGAGACAGUGUGACUGUUGGGGAGUGUCGCCCCCUCAGUAAGACUGUGCGUUUCAACGUCCUCAAAGUCACCAAGGCUGCAGGAGCCAAGAAACAGUUCCAGAAAUUUUGAGAGCAGCUGUAAUAUGAAUCAUCCACAAUAAAGUCUUUGUGGAAAAAGUG